UCUGUCUGCUGUUCCCAGCUGUUCCUGUCCACGUCAAUUCAUUCGAAUUUGUGUUCGUAGCGUGUUGAUAGUGUGGUAACGCUACAAACAAAAAUGUUUAAUUUAUUAAUUUUGUGUGCUUUGUUUAUAAAUGCUUAUUCUUUGGAAACAGUUAAUAAACAGAUAGUGAAUAAAAAUAUCGAACGGUCGAUUGAUUUAUCAUCGCAACUCGUAAAAAUUUCUGCAACACUAACCGUAGAAAAUACCGGCAAGGAAAGUGCAAGUAACAUCUUGAUUUUAUUGGAGCCAAAAACGAAGAGUAAUGUAUCAUACAUAAGUGUUAAGAAUUCCUUAAAAGAAGAAUUAAAAUUAACAGAAGUUGAAGUUCAAGAUCACAAGAGCAAACAGUUUUAUAAAGUUGAGUUAAGUCAGUCUCUUCAAGGGGGCCGUACAAUUGUCUUAACAUUAGAAAUAGUACUGACUAAAUCUCUUAUACCAUACCCUAGCAGCAUUUCCCAAAAGGACAGACAACUUGUUAGAUACUUUGGAAGUCAUUACUUUUACUCACCAUACAACACUUUAAAACAAAAAACCACUGUUAAUUUGGGUUCAAGAAAUAUCGAAAGCUACACAAAGCUCAAACCAGUGAGUCAGUUGGAGUCCACCAUAGUGUAUGGACAAUAUGCAAAUGUACAACCUUUCAGUAUCGAUCCAAUGGUAAUUCAUUAUGAAAACAAUUCUCCAUUUUUAACAGUGACUAGUUUAAAGCGUCUUAUUGAAAUUUCCCAUUGGGGAAGUAUAGCUAUUGAGGAAAAUAUAGAUAUUCUUCAUUCUGGUGCAAAACUUAAGGGGCCAUUUUCACGUUAUGAUUAUCAAAGGGAUGUUGGUAGUUCUCAUCAUAGUGUAAAAUCAUACAAAACAGUUUUACCAGCAGCUGCACAUAGUAUUUACUACAGGGAUAGCAAUGGUAAUAUUUCAACUUCUCAAGUAAGAGUGCGAAAAGAUUGGAUUGAACUAGAACUUCGUCCCAGGUUUCCACUUUUUGGAGGAUGGCGUACUUCUUAUACAUUGGGCUAUAGUGUACCAAGUUACCAGUAUUUGUUUAAAACUGACAAGAAUCAGUAUCUUCUACAUAUGAGAUUAUUAGAUCAUAUAUUUGAUGAUAUGCAAGUUGAUUUGCUAGAAACUAAGAUUGUUUUGCCUGUAGGAGUUUCUAAUGUACAAUUAACUACUCCUUAUGAAGUUGAGAGACUACCAGACUCUUUAACUUACAAGUAUUUGGAUAAGAAGGGGCGUUUAGUUAUUUCACUAAGAAAAACCAACUUGGUGGAGCACCAUAUUCAAGACUUUGAAGUUGUUUAUGAAUGGCCUAGCUCCCUUCUCUUCCAUGAGCCUAUUUCGUUGACUUUUGCUUUGUAUGUUCUUUUCUUAGUCAUAAUAAUUUAUGUUCGUUUAGAUUUUUCACUACAUGAAGCAAAAUCUGAACAUGUUAAGACUCAGUAAUAUUUUUGCUUUUAUUAAGUAGGUCAUUUUGGUGUAUUUCGUUUUCUCCUAAAAUGUAACUGCUAUAGAAUUUCUUAUAAUGAAAAGUACUUUAGUGUUGUAGUAGUGUUCUUAUGUUAAUAAAUACACCAAACUAUCUUCAAA